ACUCCGUUUGACUGCCUUCUAGUAUUCUGGAUUGAUUGAUCAACAAAGGAUCAUCAUUUCUCCUUCGCUUCAUUUAAGUUGUUGUAUCAUUUGAACCAUUCCUAAAAACAACAAUUACUGAUUGCCGUAAGUCCAUUGCUGUUCUUCGAGAAGAUGACUCGCCACGGUCGGAAUGCGACCAAUUCCGCGGUUUACAGCUACCACGAGCGUCACAAGGAUGCACGCUCUUCGGGCUACGGCACGGAUCAUAUGCGGCUCUCCAAAGACGCCGUGAAGAAAUUCGACUGCUGCUCUCUCACGCUUCAACCGUGCCGCACGCCCGUGGUCACGCCGCAAGGCUGGCUGUACGACAAGGAAGUCAUCCUCCAGUACAUCGUGGACAAACGCAUGGAGUAUCAAAAGAAGCUCCGGGCCUUCCAGGCCGAAUCCCAAAAGGAUUUCCAGGCCCUUUUUCAAUCGGCCCAAGACCAAAAGAACCUGGAACGAUCCAAGUUUGAGCACCAACAAACCUCCAUCAAGAGCCCUUCAACCGGGUCCACACCCUCCUCCUCUUCUUCGGCUUCAUCUUCUUCCGGCGUGGCUAAGCCCGUGAUGCCGUCAUUUUGGUUGCCCAGUCGCACCCCCGACUCAACCGGAAAGCCGAGAACCGAUGGCGACCAGCCCAAUAAGCGCCCGGACAAGACCGUGCUCUGUCCGUGCUCGGGUCGACCUUUGAAGGUCAGGGACUUGAUCGCCGUUAAGUUCCGCGAGUCCAAACCCGAGGCGGAUGCGCCCGCCUCGGAGAAAGCCUUCAAUGGGUAUCAAUGUGCGGUCACGGGCGACGUCUUGCGGGAUUCGGUUCGAUGUUUUGUGCUCAAGCCCACGGGCGAUGUCGUGACGGCCGAGUGUGUGGACAAUAUCAUACGCAAAGAUAUGACUCACCCACUGACGGGUCAAGUUUUGGUCGAAAGUGACUUGAUUGAGCUCCAACGGGGGGGUACGGGUUUUGCCGCUGCCAAUGAUAAACUGAAAGCCGCCAAAUAUCGUCCUAGUUUGGCUACGGCUUGAAAGUAGGAUGGAUCCAAAACUUGGCGAGCGAAAAAACACAGGUUUAAUAAUCUGUUACGGCCAGCCAGUUUGUCAAUCACCUGGAUUGAUGAUUUGUCAACCCAUCUAAUUCGAUAGUAUCAGCCACCGCAAUGUCAAAAUGUCGUCCAUGAAAUGAAUAUAAGAAACGUUAGGAGGAAAAACACUGUUUAGGGUAAUGGGGCCACGUACAAUUGACACAGAAAUUUCAGUUUUUUUGUAGUUGGGGAUAAUGACACUCAUGUUCAGAAUCUUUAGUUGGGAAUGCUUGGGUCACAGUGGUAAACCACGCCCGGUCAGCGAAGUUAGCCAUCCCUCGUCUGUGCAGAUAUCCGAUGGGCUGUUUUCGACUUAUUUUUCGUGUGUUAGAAUUUUCCAUUUUUUACAAUAGACUUUUUGAAACCUUUGAAACGUUUUUGUCCCAAUAUUGAGAUUUGUAUCUUGUUUGUUUGUAUUGAAAAGUGCCCCAGUGACCUCCCAAAAUUUCUGCUGACAUCAUCGUGCAGUUGCUACUUCAAUGUCCUGAUACAUUUUUACAUAAUUUCGUUUAAAAAGCCAUCUUAGUAUGCUCUUAAAACCUAUCGAAAACGAUCUAGUGACAAGAUUCUGAUCAACAAUGAAAUGUUAAAAAGUGACUAUUUUAUCGUCCUAAUCUAAGUUUCUUAUCUAUGAAUACAUAAUGAUGAAGGCCGAUUUGUACACAGUACAUAUUUCUCAAAGUCCAUGGUAGGAUUGACGAUAAGAUAAUAACGAUUAGACAUCAGUUGUUGAAACAUCAAUAUUGAAUGGGUAUUAGCAAUGGACGUGUUCAUUGGUCCGGCAGUGGCCUCGGAUGCUCAAGACAUCGUGGAUUAUGCCAAUGAAACGGGUGGUGAAACCGACUUCUAUAGCUUUGGAGCCGAUGGAUAUCCAAUGACGGUCGUGGAACAAGUGAAAGAGAUCCAGGACUUGGAGCGAACGAAGAGCAUUAUCUUAGUUGGGCGAGACUCAAACACAAUGAAGAUGGUGUGUUGGGGAACUUGUCAUUGUCAAGGCUUAAGAUCCUCCCAUGUCUAUGACCUUGGCAUCUCGGUUCGAAAGUCACAUUGGAGUCGAGGAAUUGGGUCCUUGAUGAUGAAUAUGCUUAUUGAGACCUGCCGUCUGAAGGGCGUUAAGAAAAUCAGCCUGACUGUGACUGCCGAUAACUCCAAAGCCAUUGGUUUAUACGAAAGAAAGGGCUUUGUCUUCGAAGGUCGGCGGGUGCGCCACUCACGCAUUGGUGACGAAUUCAAGGAUAUCAUAGACAUGGCAUUAUUUCUAGAAUAGUUGCUUGUGCAAAAACAAGAGAAUGAUUCUUGA